CAGUCGUUUCAUCACACAAAACGACAAGAGAAGUCUUCAGAUCCUCUCUGAAAUGGAAAAUACUACCCAAUCCUUUGAACAACUAAUGUUGAAUGUUGUUGAUAGCGGUGACAUUAAGAACUUGCUGAAGCUGUUAAACUUUGGAAUUAGCUCCAACAUACGCGACUCCAAUGGGGAUCCCCUGUUGUUUAUACCCAUAGUGAACGGAAACAUUGAGAUGUUAGACGCUCUCCUGACAAGUGGUAACUGUGAACUCGAACUAUCGAAUCACGAGAACAGAACUCCACUGAUGCUAGCUGUCGAGAUGGACGAUAUCAGAAUGAUACGGCAUUUAAUCAAAGCAGGUGCUAAUGUCAACGCAUUAGACGAUUUAGGAAAAACCCCGUUGCUGCUUGCCCUGGAGGGUGGGAAAUUCGAAAUGGCGGAGUAUCUCAUCAAGCAUGGCAGUGAUGUCAAUAGCGUCGACGACCUUGGCCAGUCCGCCUUGCUACACAUCACCAGAGGCGAACGACGAGACUGUGCAAGGAUCAUCAGAAUUCUGCUGCAAUGUGAUUACAAAAUUAAAGAAAAUAUAGACCAAGUAACCCGAGACGAAAUUGCAGUUUAUCAAAAGCAACAACAAAAGAAAAUACCCACCUUGGUGAGGAGAAUAAGUUUGAAGAUGACGAGGCUACCAAGCUUUCGUCAGUCCGUCAGGGUUUCUAAAUACACCUGAGCCACUUUAAGUGUGACGGUUUAUUAAAUAUUUCCGUACCACUCGGAAUCCAACCUUCGUCCUGCUGACAGCUGCCUUUCAGGAACGCCAUUCCAAAGAGACCUUGUAUUUUUUGAUUUCGAAAACAAGGAUCUAUACGGACACAAACAGGCAGGUGCAUUUUGGCAAUGCAAUGUUCGUUUGCAUGGAGAGGGAGCAUUACCGUAUUGUGAUAAAAACGAUCUUAACUGUUAAUCAGCUUUGUCGUUACAUAUGUCUAAAGCUAGAGAACAAACAGUACGAAGUAUGCCAUUGAUGUAGUUAAAAAUUCAAGUUGUACUACCAGUCACAAAUAUAGAUCUCUAUGCAAUAAAUAUUACCAAACAAAA